GGACGGUUUUUGCAAAAAAAUAACAGACGAAACGUUUUGCAACAGAAUCGGCAUAAUGAUUACGCCUCAGUAGAAUUCCUAAUCUCGUUAUUGAGGUGAUUUGUCUACGUGAGCUUCCGUACUGUUCAUUCAGCUGAGAGCUGCAAAGACAGAGUGGAUGGGGGAGGCAGAAAAUGGAAACCGUGGAAAAAUGGAACAAAUGCCGAAUAUCACCUAAAUUGUUGGAUAGAAAAGUAUUUCCCAAACAAAAUGGCAAGACAGGCAUGAUUGUGAAGCAUCUUCACAACACAUUUAGACUUCAACAUAGUUUACAGAUACAGUCCAUCAGUCGCUCAGAAUGUGCCACUGGCUCCUGUCCAAAUUUGAUGAUGAGUAGGAAUGAGCACCACGAGCCUCGACCUGUCCCUGUCCCUGUUGCCCUCACCCCCCAGCUUGUCCCAAGGGCCCACCGGCCCCUCUGCCUCUCCGUCUCCUCAGAUAGCAAUGGCCGCUUCAAAGCUCUGGAGACCCAAGAGUGGAAGAACAAUCUCAAAGCCCAGAUGGAGCAGGCCCACAGUGCAGGAGCAGCCAGCAGCACAGGCUCCCUGGAGAGGGCCUCAUUGUUUUGUGCCUCUGGUUCCACCACGGCCUCCAGCUCUGGCCUAUCCAGCCCUGUGGAGAACCUCACCAAGAGCAAGUCCUCCAGCCGCUUCUCCCUAUUUUCCCCUCCCUGGAACAGUAGCUCAGAGUCCGACUCCAACCCCCCCUCCCGCUCCGGCUCCAAGAAGCUGCGUAACUACAGCAUGAGAGCUGCCACAGGUCCGGCCGGGGUGGGGUCAGUGGGCAGGGCGGGUCCACCAGACACCCCAGACACGCCCAAACAGAACGUCCCGGAACACUUCCAGUACUCUGAGCCCGUCAUCUCCAAGGUGACGGACUACAUCUUCGUGGGCAACCUGAACGCAGCGUACAACGGGCGCACGCUGUGUCGCAACAACAUUGACAGCAUCAUCGACAUGAGCAGCAUGCCAGGGGACUCCGGCCCAAGUCUCAGCCUUAUCCCCUGCACCUGCUCCCGAGGAGCCCGCCACAGCUGGUCCCGCCUCAAGGUGGACAUCUGUGAUGUCCCAGACGCACUGGGUGAGGGAAGCCCCGCCCUGAAGCAGCACUGCUUCGAGGACAUCAACGAGUGCAUCGAGGCUUCCACGGAAAAAAGGAAACGAGUGCUGGUCCACUGCCGCGACGGGUACUCCCUGGCUCCGACCUGUAUCAUCCAGUACCUCAUGGUGAAGCAGAAUAUGCGGCUGAUCUCAGCUUAUGAGCUGCUGAGGGCCAAGUACCCCGUUAACAUCAGGGAGUGUCACCAGAAUGUGCUGGUGAGCCUGGAGAGAGCUCUGCGGCCUGGAGGCAACGUGGACCCAGAGUGCUUCAAGCAGGCUAUCUCAAGGAAAGUGGCCUGGACCUGACCUGGCUCCUCCCCUCCACUCCCCUUUCCCUGUAGUUUGGCCCUCUUUAUUUUUCUAAUCUAACCGUGGCAUUCAAUGGAUAUUUUUCUAUGGACAAUUUUUGAAAGGCAGCUUUACUUUCUGUCAUAGUCAACUGGAUAUGGAGAUGUUGCCACUAACAGUGAGCUUCAAAAGUAUUGGGACAGUGAUACUUUUUUAAUGUUUUGGCUCUGUACUUCAGCACUUUGGAUUUGAAAUGAUACGCUGACUGAGGUUAAAGUGCAGACUGUCAGCUUUACUUUUAGGCUAUUUUCA